AUGGUUAAACCGGUGAAAUGUGAGGGCCACGUCGAGCAUUGGCUUCAUGUACUGCUCAAAGUCGGGCAAGCCUCGCUACACACAUUGAUACGCAAAGCAUACUAUGAGAUAGUGGAUCCAUCGCUUGAUCUGACCGAGUUCUUCGACAAUCAGUUGGCUCAAAUAGGCAUAUUGGGCAUUCAGAUUUUGUGGACCAGUGAUGCGACCGAUGCACUGAAUGCGGCUCGAUCUGAUCCGAAAAUUAUGAGCAAAACGAAUAAACACUUUUUGGAAAUUCUGAACAAACUGAUCGGUGAGACCACACGGGAAUUGACAAAAACAAUGCGAACGAAAUACGAGACACUGAUCACCAUCCACGUGCAUCAACGUGACAUAUUCGAUGAUUUGUGCAAACAAGGUAUCAAAUCCACCAUUGAUUUUGAAUGGACCAAACAAACUCGAACUUAUUUUAUGGAGAAAGUGGACAAAUGUGUGAUUUCAAUCACAGAUGUGGAUUUUGUCUAUCAGAAUGAGUUCCUGGGUUGCACGGAACGGCUGGUGAUCACUCCGCUGACCGAUCGAUGCUAUAUCACAUUGGCUCAGGCGUUAAAUAUGAGUCUCGGUGGUGCACCUGCUGGUCCGGCUGGUACCGGAAAAACGGAAACGACCAAGGAUAUGGGUCGAUGUUUGGGCAAAUAUGUGGUCGUGUUCAACUGUUCCGAUCAAAUGGACUUCCGUGGUCUGGGUCGCAUAUUUAAAGGUCUGGCUCAGUCCGGCUCGUGGGGUUGUUUCGACGAAUUCAAUAGAAUCGAACUGCCGGUCCUCUCGGUGGCUGCUCAACAGAUCGCAAUCAUUCUCGGUGCAAAACGAGAGGGGNGAGAGGGGAAAACAUCGUUCAUCUUUUCCGACGGUGACCACGUGGACUUGAAUCCAGAGUUUGGUCUUUUCUUGACUAUGAACCCAGGUUAUGCCGGUCGACAGGAAUUGCCCGAGAAUUUGAAAAUUAACUUCCGUUCUGUCGCCAUGAUGGUUCCGGAUCGACAAAUUAUUAUCCGGGUCAAACUGGCCGCUUGCGGUUUUGUGCAAAAUAUUAUCUUGGCGCGUAAAUUCUACGUGCUAUAUAAGUUGUGCGAAGAACAGCUGACCAAACAGGUUCACUACGAUUUCGGAUUGCGUAAUAUAUUAUCUGUGCUGCGUACACUGGGCGCUGCACGGCGUGCCAAUCCAAAUGACCCGGAGGAAAGGUCGGUGAUGCGUUGUUUACGAGACAUGAACCUGAGCAAAUUGGUGGAUAAAGAUGAACCGCUUUUCAUGUCCCUGAUCAACGAUCUAUUCCCCGGAAUUAUCCUGGACAAAGUCAGCUAUCCGGAAUUGCAAGCGGCCAUACGGAAUCAAGUGACUGCAAUGAAUCUCAUCAAUCAUCCGGCGUGGAAUUUGAAAGUGAUUCAGCUUUUUGAAACUCAGCGCGUGCGACACGGUAUGAUGACUCUCGGUCCAUCCGGUGCUGGGAAGACGUGCUGUAUCAAUGUGCUCAUGCGAUCCAUGGGUGAGUGUGGAGCACCGCAUCGGGAAAUGCGUAUGAAUCCAAAAGCCAUCACAGCCCCGGAAAUGUUUGGCAAAUUGGAUGUGGCCACAAACGAUUGGACCGAUGGGAUCUUUUCCACCCUGUGGCGUCGUUCACUGAAAACCAAAAAAGGUGAAAAUGUGUGGAUUGUUCUCGACGGACCGGUUGAUGCGAUUUGGAUUGAGAAUUUGAAUUCCGUCCUGGAUGACAAUAAAACUCUGACCUUGGCCAACGGGGAUCGGAUCCCGAUGGCACCGAAUUGUAAAAUUGUGUUCGAGGUGCACAAUAUUGAUAAUGCCUCACCGGCCACGGUCUCUCGGAACGGUAUGGUUUUCAUGUCCAGUUCCGUGCUCGACUGGGAUCCAAUUACACGAGCAUGGCUGCUUGGUCGUCCGGCCGCCGAUCGGGGAGUUUUACACGCCCUGUUUGACAGUUCAUUCCCGCAAACAUAUCGCUAUGUAGUGCAGAAUUUGAAUGUGAAAAUGGACUAUCAUGAGGCAUUCUUUGUGCACCAGGCGUUGUCCAUACUCACCGGUCUCUUGCCCAGUGAUAUGCAAGUACGUGUCAACGUAGUUUUUAUUUUCUGCUCAUUAAAUAACCUGGGCCAUUCAAACCGAUUCACUCAUACUUGGAACGCGGCUAUUUGUUUGUCAGGUCGAUGGGUGCAUUGGAAUAAAUACAUUGAAGAAUACAUUUAUCCAAAAGAUCACACACCGGAAUUCGCCAGUAUCUUGGUCCCAAAUGUGGAUAAUGUGAGAACCGAUUAUCUCAUUGAUCUGGUCGCGAAACAGGGCAAAGCCGUGCUGUUGAUCGGGGAACCGGGAACCGCGAAGACUGUGAUGAUCAACAAAUAUAUGGGACGUUUCAAUCCGGAAACGCAUGCGUCCAAAUCGUUUAACUUUUCCUCGGCUACCACACCGGCCUUGUUCCAGGUAAUGCAAAAAAUUCGUUUUGCCAAGUGA